AAUUGUAGCUUUCACUCUCGUGAAAACUUCACUCUCUUCAGAUCUCUGUCCCUUUUCGCAAAAAUAGGUUGCCUUCAUUUUCCAGCCAAGUUUCUCUUCUUCCCAAGUUUUCACCCUUUCCAUGUAAGAUUUUCCUUAUCACCGAUGUGCACUAUAACCUCCUCUUAGCAUUUUCUUUGAUGUAAUUCAACUUUUGAAAAACAUUUUCCAAUACCAAACAAAACCACACCAGAUAUUCUGCUUCAUGUGAUUUUCAGUUGAAGUCCAUGCUUCCCUCUUUUUAGUUAAAAAGUUGGAGUUCAUUGUUUUGAAUGAAAGUUAAUGCACUAGUUCAAUGUUUGGGAUCUAAGAAAUUUGUUGGUAUUUGAAGUUUGGCUUUUCCAGCUUCAUUUUCCUGAGAAAAUGGAGAAUCCUUCCCGGGUUUUUCUCUGUUUCUUGUUUUCUCUUCUCACUUCCCAUUUGUUUCUUCAAGUUUCCAUUGCGCAAUUGUCUUCAUCAGAAACCAGAAUUCUUUUCCGACUCCAACAAUUUCUUGAAUACCCAGAAGCACUUCAAGGAUGGACAAACUGGACAACCUUCUGCUACCUCUCUCCAUCACCAUCACUAUCGAUUGUCUGCACCGAUAAUCACAUAACAGAAUUAACAGUCACCGGAAACAGAACCUCCCCAAAUCCCAAAUCAGGGAACUUUCUAGUUUCUCAGCAAACUCUCUCUGAUAGAUUCUCCAUUGAUUCCUUCUUCACCGAUCUAACCAAGCUUUCGAGCUUGAGAGUGCUCUCAUUAGUGUCCUUAGGAUUAUGGGGUCCAUUGCCCGCAAAGAUAGAACGACUAAGAUCACUUGAAGUGAUGAAUUUCAGUUCAAAUUUCAUCUAUGGGGAAAUUCCUUCAUCAAUUUGUAGUUUGAAGAAUCUCAAGAGUCUUGUUUUGGCUGAUAAUUUGUUCAAUGGGAGUGUUCCAGAUCUUACAGGCUUACAAGCUCUUGAAGAGAUUGAUUUGGGUAAUAAUCAACUUGGACCUAAAUUUCCCCCACUGAGUAACAAUCUUAUAAGCAUCAUAGUUAGAAACAAUUCUCUGAGAUCUGAAAUUCCUUCUGGCUUCAAGGACUUCAAUCUUCUUCAACGACUCGACAUCUCUUCCAAUGUACUCGUUGGGCCCAUUCCCUCUCCUCUGUUUUCUCUGCCAUCAAUUCAGUACCUCAAUUUGGCUGACAAUCAGUUUAGUGGUGCUCUUCCAAUGAACACAUCUUGCAAUGCCAAUCUUAGUUUUGUCGAUAUUUCUAAAAACUCCUUGAUCGGAAAAUUGCCUUCAUGUAUUGGAUCAAAUUCCACGAAUAGGACAGUACUAAGUUCAUGGAAUUGUGUAGCGAAUGGAGAUGGGAGGUAUCAGCACCCGUACUCGUUCUGCCACAAAGAAGCGUUGGCUGUUAACCCUCCAAUUAGAGAUCAAGGGGGGCAGUCCACCGUUAAACUUGGCCUCAUACUCGGUCUUACUGGGGGCAUUGUUGGGGUUGCUUGCGCUGUCGGGUUUUUUAUUCUGGCAAAUCUCAGAAAAACAAGAAUGAAUGAAGCAAGUAGUUUCAAAUGCGAUAGCUUUGCUUUUGAAAGAACUUCUGUGCGCGGCUCUCCUGUCAUCGAUGGAAGGCAUGUUCCGCGAAGCAUAAGGUUGCCAGCAUUCGGGCUUCGACCGUAUCAAGUUUUCACAUUGGAGGAAAUGGAAGAUGCGACAAACAACUUCGACCCAUCAAAUUUGGUUGGGGAAGGAUCUCAUGGACAGCUGUACAAAGGUUGGCUCAGAGAUGGCUCAACGGUCCUAGUGAAAUGUCUCAAGUUGAAACAGAAGUAUUCGCAUCAAAACUUGCAGCAAAAUAUGGAUGUAAUCUCGAAGCUUAGGCAUCGCCAUUUGGUCUGCGUUCUCGGACACUGCACUGUCACAUACCAGGACCAUCCCAAUGCAGCUUGUACUGUGUUUAUAGUCCUUGAACAUGUUGCAAACGGGUCUCUGAGAGAUCAUCUGAAAGAGUGGAUAAAAAGGGAAUAUCUGAAAUGGCCACAGAGAAUGGGGAUUUCCAUUGGCAUUGCUAGGGGAAUCCAGUUCUUGCACACAGGAAUUGCACCCGGACUUUUCGGGAAUGAUUUGAAGAUUGAAAAUAUAUUGUUGGAUGAGAGUCUCACAGCUAAAAUUAGUACCUACAACAUUUCAUUGCCAUCCAAGGUAUGUUCAGAGAGCCCCCUCAACGACAAUUCCAAUCGUCUCGACAGCAUUGAAAACCCAGAAAAGAAUGAUGUUUAUCAGCUGGGUAUUAUUCUGCUCGAGAUAAUUACCAGUAAACCAAUCACAUCAGACAGAGAAUUACAUGAGCUUAAGCUUCAGCUAGAAAGAACCUUAGCAGAGUCACCAUCAAAAUUACAAGAGGCAAUAGACCCCUCCAUUCGAGGAACAUUUGCUUAUGAAUCGCUAAAAACAGUGGUUGAGAUCACCAUGAAAUGUCUCUGCGAAGAUUCAAGCACACGUCCGACCAUAGAAGAUGUUCUUUGGCACUUGCAGUAUUCAAUUCAAGUUCAAGAUGGAUGGAAUAGCAGUGGAAACCUAAGUGAAAAAAUGUAGUCGACUUGUAAAUCAAAUGUUAUAUAUAAGGUGUGAACAUGGCUAUUCAUUAUAAGCAGCAAUAUUGCAAUGCUGAAAUUUGUUUUGCCAAGCUAGAAGUGAAGCCGGGUUCGGAUAAUAUUAUAUAUGUAUAGCUUGUCAAUUGUAUUGUUUGGCUCAUCUGGGCAUGCUUCCUUAUUUCUCAACUUACCAAAACCAGAUGAUGUUUCCAUUCCUGAUCUAACCAUCAGCUGCUUCUUUUUUUCUUGGAGGGACAUGAAUGUUAAUAUUCCGUUUGUUUCAAUAGAAAACAUUUUCAAAAACUGA